UUUUGCUCUGAACAGACGUAUCGUCCUGCAUAUCAUUACGAGCCAGUCAAAGAAACAGCUUUUUUCUUAUGCUCGUUUUUCACGGUACGUUGAAGCUCGAAAAAGAGAAAAAUAAAUUGAGAGCAUCGUCAUUUCGUUUGAAAAAUAGUGAUCGAGUGGGACAGUGACUUUCAACGUGAAGUUUGAUACAAUAACGAAAAUCGAAACUCGAAAUAUAAUAAUAUAAUAUAAUUCCUCAGGGAAAGAGAACUGAUCAACCUUGCAAAAUGUUUUACUCGAUUUUAUGGUUCCUCGUUGGUUUUUCCCUCGCGGUUCGUUCCGUUCCUGUUGAAUCAACUACCGAACCAAGCACAACCGAAAAUACAACGAUGAGCCCACCGCCAUGCUCAAGGAGCGACACGAACGGUGGUUAUUUGCCAAAUGUAAUAUUUCCGCAGUGCACAGCAAGCCUGGCUCCUGAGAGUCUUCGUAACAUGGUUAUCCAUGGUAUGGCAUGUGCCUGCGAUUUGAGCACCCGUGGUGUUCCCAAGAGAGACGACUAUCAGUACACUCCUGGAUUAGGUGCUCACAAACUCCACACGAGGGCCGCCACUUUCAACGAGGCGAGAAAAGUCUGCAACGAAGAGGGUGGACAUCUUGCGGUUAUAGACUCUCUGGCCGAAGAACAAGUACUGUUGGAUCUGUUCAGAGCAGCUAGCACGAUAAGGGGUGCAGUGAACACAGAUCAGGCCUUCAUUGGCACUCACGAUCUCUACAACGAGGGCGAUUGGGUAACGAUCCUCGGUGAUUCGCUUCACAGGAACGGCUACACGAAGUGGAGCGAUCAAUGGGGUGGACAACCGGACAACGGUGGUGGAGUUCAACAUUGCGGUGCUCUUUUGAAGAGUGGCGGAAUGGAUGACGUCAAUUGUAACAUUCGUUUUGCCUUUUUCUGUGAAAUUCCUGCCAUACAACCGGCAUAUUGAAAUUCAAGAUUCUUUCCCUCUGACUGAAAAUUCAUAAUUAUUUUUAGUUAUCUCGUUCGUAUCCUUUUUUGAGCAAUUUAUCAAAAUAGACUCGGUAAUUGCGAACGUAAAAUAUCGAUACAAAUAGUCAUUUAUUCAUUCGACCAAAGAGUGACUCGAAAUAAUUCUGAGCCUGCAACUCUUAAAUAUACAAAGGUACUUAUCAA